AUGUCAGAAAUUCAGAUCGAAGCACUCAACUUAUUCCUCCACGACCGGGCAAAUCUUAGCAAAGAUACCAUACCGAACACUGUCUCUGUGGCAAGAAAACCUAAAUGGAAUUCAGAUGUUUCAAAACCAAACCAUAAGUCAUGUGCAUUUACUUCAUUGUCUGAUGAAUUCAUGCAAACAAAACUGCAUCAUCAACAUGCUCUCAAUAACGUCCGAAGUAAACGUAUUCGUGCUGAAGAGACAGUUAAACAGUCUACAGUUGAAUGGUUGGAGAAUUAUGGUCUGAAAGCUAAACACCUGACAAUCAAUGAUUUUGUUGCAAUAGGUAGAAUUUCGGAGAGUAGGAUGAGAAAAUUUAAUGAAAAUCCGACUGCAACAAUGGAUCAAAUUGUUGCUGAGUUUAAACAAGAUCCCCCAUCACAUCUUGAAUAUGACUUAAAGGAAGUUAAUGAAUUUGAAUGUGGUCUCCACGAAUCCAUUUAUUCUUACACCAAUCGAGUUAGGUGGUUAAUGCAAGAUACAAGGAAAAUAUUCGGUCUAAUUCGUGGUGAAAAUGUUGGUCUUUUGUUAGACAGUUCAGACGCCAAUUUAGGAUUUAAUAGAGAUAAACAAUUAAAAAAACACUUAAUUGAAUUAGUAAAUGAACAGUUGAAUUCAAAUAAAAUAAAAACGCUGUAUGUAGCAAGCUAUGGAACACAAAUCAAUGCCUUAUGGCCUUAUCCAAUGAAUGUGAAUACACGUGUAAUAAACGAGUUGAAAUACUUUAUCAAAGAACAGUUGAUUCCAUCCGGUGGAUCCAAUUUGUUGACUGGUAUAAAACAUGUGAGGCUUACUUUAUUAAUUAAUGCUGAUUUUUCUUGA